AUGACCGACGCCUCGUCCAAGCCCUCCGUGCUCCUUUUUGGCGGUUUGAACACGUAUGCGCGGGCUCUUGCUGCGUUUCUCGUGCCAGUCGAUGGGGAAGCUUUGGUGUCUCACUUGCGCAUCGUGGACAAGUUCUCGGUCCACCCCCCCACCACGUACCUUGGAUCGGAAUUUCCCAAGGUGCUGGAAAAGCCUGAAGUUGAGUACCAGCAACGCAAUUUGACUGUCCCAUCCGCCGUGGCUUCAGCGUUUGACCCGCCCGAGGGCCAGGCGCCGUACGAUUAUGUUUUUGAUUUGACGGGGGAAGUUCGGUAUGAUCGAACGGAAGUGAUCCAAAUCAAGACUACAUGCACCGUGGCGAGGUUGAUUGGCCUCGAGGCUGCGAAGCGCAAGGUUAAGGCUUACGUUCGGCUCCAGCUCCCUUUCUACGAGACGCACAACAAAGGGGCGCAUGAUGAGAAAGAGAAUUGCAAGCCCUUCUCGACGAUUGGUACUUGGUGGCAUGAGACGCUGCGGAUGUUGGCCGCCAUCCCCGAUCUCAAUCUUGUCAUUCUGAGGAUCGGGUUCGGCUAUGGGCCCUACACUGAUUUCGGCUCAGUGACUUCUGCGAUCACCGUCAGCUCCGUGUAUGGGUACAUGAAGAAGCCUAUGAGGACAUUGUGGUCGCCAGGAAAGAAUCCUACCUAUACGGUUCACGUUGAGGACAUCGCGGGCGGCCUGUGGUCUUGUGCUGAGUGGAUUGCUCCUCUAGGCAGAACAAAGGCGGACGAGACUGCGGGAGAGGUCAUUCCUUUCCACAACGAGAAGUCCAAGGUCUCGGAGGUGGAGGGAAUGCCGGGUUCCGACGAGAAACUCGUUGCACCGUUGUUCAAUCUGACCGACGAUUCGAAGAGUACUCUACUAAGUGUCGGUGAAACUACGACGUCGUUCUUUGGGACGACAUUCGAAUUCUUCAACUUCCUUCAGAACGCCGCCGCGAAAUGGAAACUCGAAGAGAUGGUCGAAGACAUCAAUGAGCACCACGUAGGAGCUUGGACGGAGAUGAUUACCAAGUCAGAUCCCCCAAUACCCAAUACGCCCUUGACCGCCUAUAUGGAUAGUUAUGCCCUUCAAAAACAUGUCGUGGCGUUUGACAAUUCCAAAAUCAAGGAGGUGGUCGGGUACAAGUUGCGGCACCCAGAAUUCAACCACGAUGUCAUCCAAGACAUCAUCGACAAGUGGAAAGCGGAAGGCAGCUGGCCCAAUCUCUAG